AUGUCAAGCAGCUUCACCUCGCUCGGCCGCGGCUCUGGUCCGCAGGAUGGCGACAUCAAGCUCGCCUCGGACGAGCAGCUCUCGACCAUCCGGAGGCUCGCCCAGAUCGUUGCUCGCAUCUUCUACGAAGACCGCCACAUCGUCCUGAUGGACCAGCUUGUCACCAUCACCGUCCUGCCUGCUGAUGUCCUGGCCCACCGCCUUGGCACUCAGGUCAAGGAGCUGGCGGCGCUCGCCUCGAGGCUGCUCGAGGACAAGCUGGUCUGCACCUUCCGCCGCAAUGAGACCAAGGACAACAUCCACAACCGCACCUUCCAGCGCACCUACUACUACCUCGACUACAAGCUCUUUCUGGACGUGACAAAGUGGCGCAUGAUGUCGAUCCGCAAGAAGAUCGACCAGCGCCUGAGGAACGAGCUCGACAACAAGGGCUACGUCUGCCCCCGAUGCAAGCGCUCGUUUUCCACGCUCGAGGUGGCGCACCUGCUCGACGUCUUCCGCAACGUCUUUGUCUGCGACAACCCUGGCUGCAACACGGAGCUCGUCGACAACGAGGAGGCCGAGGACGUCAAGAAGAGCAAGGACAGCCUGAUGCGCUUCAACGAGCAGCUCGGCACCAUCCUCGGCGGCCUGCGCAAGGUCGAAGGCAUCACCCUGCCGCCGCUCGACGUCGGCGCCUGGCUCACCAAGCACGCCGCCUCACAGCCUUGGAACGUCCGACGUGACGACGACACUGGCCUACCCACCCCGGCCCCGGUCAAUGGCGUCUCGACAGGCCUCAAGGUCGACCUUGCCUCCAACGACCCUGCUGCCGAGGCCGCCCGCCGCGCCGCGAAGCUCAAGGCGGAAGAGGAACAACGCAAGCAGAACGCGCUUCCCGCCUGGCAUCUUGCCAGUACCGUCAGCGGUGAGCAGACCAGCCUCGGACGCAAGCAGCAGAGGCUACAGGGCCUGGACGGCGUCGACAUCGAGGAGGCCAAGAAGUCGGACGAGGUCGACGAGGAAGACUACUUUGCCCAGUAUGCAUCGCUGCAGAAAGCCGAGCAGAAGGCCAAAUCCGCUGCCGCUGCAGCAGCAGCAGCCGCCGCCGCCGCCGCCGCCCCGAAGUCCUCGGCGGACAGCCCCGACCUCGACUUUGAGGACGUCGUGACGCAAGCACUGGACGGCGACUCAUCCGCGCCCUCGCGCAAGAGGUCGCGCUCGCAGACGCCGACGGGUGACACAAGUCUGAGCAAGAAGCCCAAGGUCGACUCGCAAGGCACCACUCCAGCACCGCCCGCGGCCGCCGACGACGACGACGAAGAGGGCUUUGACGACUUCGAGGACGUGAUCUGA